AUGGGUUUCCAGUCUGCUCGAGCAUUGGGUCUGCUUGCCCUUGCGGCCGCAAACAUUGUUUCGGGUCAGGACUCGACCAAGCGUGACUCGAUCCCAGAGUGCACAACGCUGAACCAGAGAAAGGCCUGGUCUGCCCUCACCGACGAUGAAAAGUCGGCAUACAUUGACGCCGAGCUUUGCCUGAUGGCAUUGCCACCCACCAUUGGCAUCGAGGGUGCCCUCAACCGUUGGGAUGAGAUGAUGUACGGCCACAUUGUGCAGUCCAACAUUAUCCACGGCGUGGGAGCGUUCCUGCCGUGGCACCGUCUGUACAUGCGGGCGCACGAGAUCAUCCUGCAGACCGAGUGCAACUACACGGGCGCGCAGCCGUACUGGGACGAGCUGUCGGACACGCAGACGGGCACGCUCGAGGAGUGCUCCAUCCUCGACGCCGACACGGGCUUCGGCACCGGCGACCUGGACGACGAUGGCUGCGUCGCCAAUGGCCCCUUUGUCAACCUCACCAUGCACAUCAACCAGACUAGCAACUAUGCAGACUACUGUCUCACGCGCGACCUUAGCGAUAACGCCUUUACCUGGGCCAACAGCACCUAUCUCGAUGAGUGUAUGGCGACAGACAAUUACGAGGAUGCAUGGAACUGCUUCGUCUCCUCUCCCCACACCGCUGGCCACGGCUCCAUCGGCGGCACCAUGCUCGACGUCGUGGCCUCACCGGGAGACCCCCUGUUUUUCCUACACCACACGUACCUGGACCGGGUCUGGUGGCAGUGGCAGUCGAUGAACCUGUCGUCGCGCCUCACGGACAUGUCGGGCCGCAACAUUCCCACGCAGACGUACCUGGACCAAAAUGACUUUGACUACCCGGGCACCGACGUGACCGACUACUUUGGCGACGGCGGCGGCAACGUCACGACGCUCAACCACACCCUCUGGAUGGUGGGCCUCAUUCCCAAUGCCACCAUUGCCGAUGUCAUGGAUCUCGGCGGGGACCUCAUCUGCGCCGAGUAUAUUGACUAA